AUGACUAGAAUAGAAGAAUUAAAAAUUGGGAUUGUUGGAGGUGGUCCAAGUGGUUUGGCAAUUACCAGAAUGUUACAACAAAAUGGUUUUUUAAAUAUCAAGAUUUAUGAAAGAGAUAAAAAUCGUUCUUGUAGACCACAAGGUGCUUCCAUUGAUCUUUGUAAACAUUUGGGUCAGAAAUUAAUUAAAGAGGCUGGGUUAAAAAAAGAGUUUAGUUUAAAAUCAAGACCAGAAGGAGAGUGUUAUACUUUUAUGGAUACACAAGGUAAUGUUAAAGCAAGAAGACCAUUUUUAAAAAUAAACUCCACAAGACCUGAAAUCGAUAGAGGUGAUCUCCGAGAUAUUUUACUAGACUCAUUAUUUGAGAAUACCAUUGAAUGGGAUUGCCAUUUUAAAAAUUUAAAUAAACUAGACAAUGGUCAAGUAGAGUUGGUUUUUAAUGACGGGGAAAAAAAAGAAAUUGUAGAUUUUGUAAUUGGUUGUGACGGUGUAAAUUCAAAAGUAAGAGGUUAUAUCACUGAUAUCAAACCUCUUUAUUUGGGUAUAACCAUGAUAGAGGGUGAAAUCAUUGACCCUAUAAAUACAUGCCCUCAAAUGUACGAACUAGUUCAUCAAGGUUUAUCUUUCACUUUGGCAGAUGGAAUUGUUUUCUUGGGUCAACAAAAAACCGAUGGGAAUAUGCUCAUUACUAUUGCACAAAUGGUACCAGAAGACUGGAUAAAAACCAAAGGAUUUGAUUUUAAAAGUCUUGAUAGAAUGCAAGAAAUUAAAGAUUAUAUAAAAAAAGAAUUGAUUCCUAACUGGGAUCCAAUGUAUCAUAAAUUAGUUGACGACUGCUCUGGAUUAUAUAAACCAAGAUUGUUACUUCAAGCUCCAUUGGAUCAAAAAUGGGAAUCCAAAUCUAACUUAACAAUUAUCGGGGAUGCAGCACAUGCUAUUUCUCCAUUUGCGGGGCUCGGUUGCAAUAUCGCCCUAUAUGAUUCUUUAAAACUAGGCAGAUUAUUAAUUAAAAAUAAAAAUAAAAUCUCAACUCCAAUAGUUUUGCAAGGUAUAAUUAGUUCAUUUGAAAAAGAAAUGAUAUCUUUCUGGAAACCCUUAGCUCUUAUUACAAUGUCCAACGAACAAAUGGUUUUUAAAGCAGAUACCAAAACACUUUUAAAAAAAAGAUUUGGAAAUUUAUAUUUUACAAAAAAUUACCUACAAUCAAUCUUUAACUUUGUAAAUAAUUUUACCGAUUUUUUAAAAAUAACAAGUUAA